AAUGAAGUUAAGGAAGCAGAAGAAGUUAAGGAGGAUGGAGAAGAAGUUAGGGAAGGAGAAAAAGUGAAGAAUGAAGAACAAGUUAGGGAAGGAGAAGAAGUUAAGGAUGGAGAACAAGUUAGGGAAGGAGAAGAAGAAGUUAAGGAUGGAGAAGUAGUUUGGGAUGGGGAAGAAGUGAAGGAAGGAGAAGAAGUUAAGGAAGAAGAAGAAGAAGUUUUGGAUGGAGAAGAAGUUAAGGGUAAAGAAGAAAGUAUGGAUGGGGAAGAAGUUUGGGAUGGAGAAGAAGUUAAGGAUGGAGAAGAAGUUUGGGAUGGAGGAGAAGUUUGGAAUGGAGGAGAAGAACCGAAGUAUGGAGAAGAAGUUAAGGAAGAAGAAGUUUAG